CUCUUUCUGCUGUCCCUCCACUCUUCGCUCCUCCUCUUCCUUCCCUCCAUUUUAUCAUUCCUCUGUCUGUAGUUUAAGUAGGGGUGUGUGUGUGUGUGUGUGUGUUUCGCUCUCUUCAAACCUGCGGAGCUUUCAGGUGUCUCUAAAGCUGCGGGAAAACUGAAUGUUUUCUCUGUGGCAGAUUUUCCUUUUUCAGUUUUUGUUGAGUUUGUGGUGAUAAUCUUUGAGCUGAUGGGGUACCAGAGGAGCAUGUGGCGCAGUCUGGCCGGAGGAGGUGGAGGUGGUGGAGGGGAUGUUGCUGUGGUGAGGUGUUCCUGUUCAGAGGAGUCGGUGAAGAUCUCCUUCAGGAGCGUCGGCGAGGAGCGUCGACUCAAGCGAGUCUUGGUUCGCCGCUGGUUCGGUGGACUGUCAGUGUCUGUGCUCCUCAGACUCUUAGCUAAACCCUCUGACGAGGGGUUAGCCGACUCCUCCCGCCUCUCCACCGCCACCAUCGGCAGUAAUGAACGCGCUCCGUCGGCCACGCCCUCCGACUCUUCUGACCGCCGUCCGGUCAGCCUGAUCUCCACGUUGUCCUCGGGCUCCGGGUCCUCCCGAGACGAUAACCUAGGCCCACUACCCUCCACACAAAUCCCCGACGUUGACCUGGACCUGAGCCCUGCAGAGGGCGAAGAGGGGUCCUGGCCACUCCCAAAGCCUGACAGGAGGAGGCGGGGCCUCGGCCUCAAACACCACAACAACAACAACAACACAUCAAGUCGAGCCUCCAGCCGGCGCCAGCAGACGUCGCCGUUCAUAACCAGAACCAUGGCGCCAAACCCUCAGCUGACUUACCUGGACCGAGUCGUCAUGGAGAUCAUCGAGACGGAGAGGAUGUACGUCAGGGACCUGCGCAUGAUCGUCGAGGAUUACUUGGCUCACAUCAUUGAUCAGUGUGAUCUAUCGAUCCGUCCUGAGCAGGUCUGCUCUCUGUUUGGGAACAUUGAGGACAUCUACGAGUUCAACAGCGAGCUGCUUCAGGCUCUCGACCUGUGUGACAACGACCCCGUCGCCAUCGCCAGGUGCUUCGUUGUGAAGAGUGAGUACUUCGAGAUCUACACGCAGUACUGCACCAACUACCCAAAUUCGGUUGCAGCGCUGACGGAGUGCAUGAGAGAUAAAUCCCUGGCUAAGUUUUUUCGGGAGCGUCAGGCGUUGCUGAAGUGCUCGCUGCCUCUGGGUUCAUACCUGCUCAAACCGGUUCAGAGGAUCCUCAAGUACCACCUGCUGCUCCAGGAGAUAGCGAAGCACUUUGACCCGGAGGAGGAGGGCUAUGAGGUGGUGGAGGAGGCGAUCUACACCAUGACGGGAGUCGCCUGGUACAUCAACGACAUGAAGAGGAAACACGAGCACGCCGUCAGACUGCAGGAGGUUCAGUCUCUGCUGCUGAACUGGAAGGGUCCCGACCUCACCACGUACGGAGAACUGGUUCUGGAGGGAACCUUCAAAGUCCACCGAGCUAAAAACGAGCGAACGCUUUUCCUGUUCGACCGCAUGCUGCUCAUCACCAAACGCCGUGGAGAACACUACGUCUACAAGACACACAUCUCUUGCUCCACUCUCAUGCUGAUCGAAAGCGCCAAAGACUCCCUGAGCUUCAGUGUGACUCAUUACAAACAUCCCAAACAGCCUCACACCGUCCAGGCAAAGACGGUGGAGGAGAAGAAGCUGUGGGCUCAUCACAUCAAACGCAUCAUCCUGGAAAACCACCACGCCAUCAUCCCACAGAAGGCUAAAGAUGCCAUCUUGGAAAUGAAUCCCACAUAUCCUCCCAGGUAUCGUUACAGUCCCGAGCGGCUGAAGAAAGUUCUGUCCUGUCAGUCUGAUGAGUUUCCACGAGACGGUCGUCAGGGGCGACGGCAGUCAGAGCCGACCAAACAAAGCGUGAGGAGCAGCACAGCCAUCUUAAAGCACUCCGACAGUGACGGGGGGUUUCCACGGGAGAGACGCUCUCUGCAGCCCGCCGCCAGCUGCAGCUCCAGCCUGGCCAAGUCUGAGGCUGACCCCACCACUGAGGAGGAGGAGGAGGAGGAGGAGGAGGAGGAGGGCAGCAGGAAGGAUGCACUGGAGCAACUUAUCUGCAGUGAGGACAAGGAAGACGCAGGGAGGUUGUCUCACCGGACGGCAGCGGAGGACAGCGAGCCAGAUGAAAUUGUGCUUGAAGACGAGCAGGUAGAUGACUUCGCCAGCUCCGUGCUGGCUGCCAUCUCCUGCUGGCCUUACAGGGUCGCCAUGGUGACGGAGGCAGAGGGAGUAAGCGUUUCUUCUAAUGGCUGUAACAGAGAAAACGCACGACUUCCUGAAGAAGACAAGCUAGGAGGAACCGAGCCAACAUGUGGGCCGGCCUCCACAGAUGAGCCUCUACAGGAGCAGAUGGAGCCACUAGAGUCCGAACCGACCCAGAACCCAGAACCAGAAACCUCCUCUGACCCGGAGAGUUUGCCUGUUACACCUCGCGGGAGCUCACUGUCUCCUCAAAAGUCAGAAGAACUGAUACCUGAAAGGGAUCCAGAGUCCACAGAGAAACCAUCCUCUGCUACACCUGAUUCAGAUUCAAAAACCUUGAGCAGUGAAGAAUCCUCUGAGGAUGAGGACGAAGAUGUGAAGGAGGCAGCAGAGACAGAGGGUGAAGCCUCCAGCAUCCUUCCUUCCUCUGUCCUGGACAAAGCCAGCGCCAUCGCUCAGCACUUCACCAGCAGCGUCAAACGAAGCAGCCUGGCCCAGGACGACGCCUGCUCCCUCGGCUGUGCUUCACCACGGCUGCCCAGCAGGACCGGCAGCAGCCUCAGCCCCGGUGCCGAACCUGCCGACCGAACUCUGCGGCUCAACAGUAUCUGUUCUGAUCCCGCAGAGGCCUUUGGCGUAACAGAUUUGACCCUGCUGUCUCCUCGGGAAGACAGCCUCUUUGACACCAACCGAAGCAUUCGGCGGAGGCGGGACUCAACCCUGUCCAAACAGGACCAGCUGCUAAUAGGUAAAAUCAAGAGUUACUAUGAGAACGCUGAGAACCAAGAUGCCACCUUCAGCCUCCAGCGCAGAGAGAGCCUGACAUACAUCCCGUCUGGGCUGGUCAGGAGCUCCGUCAGCCGCUUUAACAGCGUCCCAAAGAAUGUUAUUGUCCAGCCAAGUACCUCCACCUCGACCACCGCAGAAUCAAACUCUGCUCUAUGCACUAUGCUCUAUGACACCCAGAGUCACAUGGUUUCUAGCGACUCUUUGGACUCUCUGAAGUCUGAUCUGAGAAGCACAGAUCCAGAAGAUUCAGGAGAAAGCCAAAGGUCCAGAUCUCAAAGCAUGCAAGACAAUCCAUCUGAGGAUGAAGAGUUUAGACCUUCAUCCGAAAUGAUUAAGAUCUGGCAGACAAUGGAGCGACAGAUCACCAGAUCCCAAAGUGAAGACAAGGACCGUGAACGAUAUCAAGAAGCUUCACGAAACUCAAAAGAGACUGACGUAGGCCUUUCUGACAUGACUACGACCUCAAACAAAAGCUGUGAAGUCUCUGGUGUACAUCAGAUUGGACGUAUCAAGGACUCAUCGAAGGUGUUUGGGGAGGAGACCAUCAUUCUCAGGGCUCCAGUUCCUCGGGUCACCCAGCUGAAGGCCGAGGCCGAGGGGGAAAGGCCUCGAGAGGAUUUAAACCAGCUGGAUGAAGUCGACAGGACGAAGAGUAAAGUACUUCACCUGGCUCGUCAGUACAGCCAGCGAAUCAAAACGACCAAACCAGUGGUUCGACAACGAAGUCAGGGCAUCCUGAUCAGCAAGAAGAGCCUACCCUGUGUGGUGGAGGAGAAGGAGAGUGCAGGUAAACCCAACCUGACUCUACCGCUGAUUUCUCAUAACCAGGCAGUGUCACUACCGCUAAGCCCUGUACACCAGAUGCGAUCUCCAACCUCCAGCAGCUCAAGGGUGGUGUCCCCAGGCUGGGCUCACUGCUGCAGCCCCCUCAGCCCCCUCAGCCCCCCUCAAUCCUCCUUCAUUGAGAGCUUCAACUGGCCCGAUGUCCAACAACUCCGCUCCAAAUACUGUGACCGUGGUCAGUCCCAGAAGAAUCCUGUAAGCCGGACUCGCUCUAUCCCCGAGCAGGUGUUCGGCAGUGCUCUGAGGAGGCACUCCAGCUGCUCCCCCAACCUCCUCCUUCCUGACGGAGCUUCUGGAGAGGUUCCUUCAUACGAACCUCACAGCAGCCGAGACGCAAGCAGAGAAGAACGCAGAAAACGGCUUCACAGAGCCAACUCCCUGGAUCCUCGGCUGAGCGGGACACAGAUGGCUGAGCUCCAGAAUCUCCAGGAACAGGUUGCUAAUGGCAACUACAACGGUUGCUACGUCACAGCCGAGGCACCACUAAUAAACAACCCUGAGCGCAAGAUGAUCAUCGUGGAGAAGCUUCCACUGCCUGAGUCAGAGCCUGUGGAAACAGCUACAGAAUCCAAAGACGGAGAAGACAACUACAUUCAGAUCCGUUCACCGACCAGCAGGGAGAAGAUCUCCAUCAUGGCCGUCAUUGACCGCUGCCGGCUCUAUCAGGAGUCUGACGAAUAUAAACAGAGAGAGGAGGUGAAAGCCAAAACCGAGCCAGCGAGACCUCAAGAGCUCGACACCUUGGCAGUUGAUGUGGAUGACGAGUCCCAGAAAACAAGCUCAAACCUCGGACAGAAGACAGAAGGCGGGCACCAGAGCAUCGUGAAAAAUCUGAGAGAAAAGUUCCAGAGCCUGAGCUGAAAAAACACAGCCGUCAAAACGCCUGAGGACAAUAACGGAGACGCAGGAACCACGGUGUCGCACUCUUUAAGGAGUGAGCGGCCUGUCAAUAAGCAAACAGGGGGGACAAUUUCUGCUUUAUUUCUGAUUAUGAAAAAAUGUUCUUAGUUUUUGUGACUUACACAAAGAAAUCAAAUCAGUUUGUCAAUUAGAAAUUAUGACAGAGAAUCUUUAAAUGUUGAGAUCAUGAAAUAAUAAAACAACCCAAAUGUUCUUGGUUAAAUAAUUCUGUGUAUGUACUUUAUAAAUACAUGAUAAUUAUUGUAAUUUAGAAGACAAAAGAUCCCCUGUGGUCACAUUAGGAGAUUUUUUUUUCUCUGUGUCCUCUCUGGCAUUUUGUAGAUAAAUAUCGAGAACUAUGUAAAUAUCUUUAUACGUUCCUGAAGUACAAAGGAUUGUCAGGCUGUUUGUUAGAAGCACCUUUUUUGUACAGGAAGUUGUUUCAGUUUUUCAGUUGUUCUUCUGGAUUCGUCACUGCACACUGAGGGUUCAGUCUGGUUGUUAGUCGUCUUCCCAGCUGUUAAAGCUUCACGUGUCGAGUCAGAGCAGAGACUUUAAGGAACAACCACUAAAUCUGUUGAACUGAGGCGGAUCCAGGACACGUUUAGACCAGGAGUCUAAAGUCUAAAUCUUGCUUGGUUCUCCUCUGGCUUUUAACGUUUAGAGUUCAGCUGCUCAGAGAAACACAUGGAGGACAAACCUGCUUCACUAGGAGAAAAAUAAUUUUCCAACAAUGGUGAAAUAAAUGCAGAAAUUUAUUUUUAAAACUUUCCCUCAGCAAAAUUCAUUUUUAUGGUGGUGAGAAUAAUUUCCUUUUUUAAUUUUUCCUGCAGUAUGCACAUAAAUGAAUGAUGAGAAUUUUCUGCCGUCUUUAUACAAGUUAUGAUUCUUUUAUUUAUACUCAGCUGAGGUCUCUGCCUCAAUGUAUUAUCAAAGUAAAAUAAAGCUUUUUUUAUUUUUUUUUGUGCCUUAAACUCAUGUAAAGUUUAUUUGAACAUUUUUUUCAUUUAUUUCCUAAUGAGUCAGGUUCUGUUCUCCAUACUCACUCAUUAAUGUGACUGUUUUUCUAAAGUAGCUUUUAACACUUAACAAGUCGAUUUGUUUUAGGCUGGCAGAAUUAGAAUUUGAACCUGCGACUUUCCUUUAACUACUGGUCCACCGUGCACAUCAUGUUGUUCACUCAGUCGCCCACUGCUAACAGCCAGGCUCGUUCCUGUUCUGUACCUCCUAUUUAUUUUAGCUGAUGUAAAUAGAAACAAAUCUACUGUCUGUCUUUCUGUAACUGAGUGUUGUAUAUACAGACAAGUUUAUAUGACCUCAGGAGACAUCUGCUCUGUCUCUCAUUAAAACCAGACUUACAGGA